GAGCGCGGAGAGGCGGGGAUCACGCGCAGAUGAGCGAGAAUCCACGGGACCGACCGGAGCGUGGCGUUAGCCGUUGUGUUUCAACCUGGCUUGUUGGCAGAAACCAGCACAGUCCUGGCAUUACCGAGCGAGCGGGUGUCCUUUUCUUCGUGGUGGUUUGUGAUGUAUGAAUGGAUAGUUGACGGGCUGUCGUCGCUCUUCGUGCCUUUUUCUGGAGAGAGUUUGGCGGUGUGGCCUACAGACGGUAACGGAGACGGGAAAGCGCCGCUGCGAACCAGCACUACCGAAACACAGCACCAACAACAGGAGCAUUACAGGCCUGCAAAGCGAAACUAUCAAAGUGUUCACUCUCCUGAUGGCGUGUCUGAGCACCUGGAGAUCAAAAGACCAAGACGAGAUGUGAUUGUCCAAGUGGUCAAGAAGACUUUUGCAGGGAUUGCUGGGUUGCUUCGGCUGCGACAGCACAAGAAGUGCCAUUAUGCAAACGACAAGGAGCAUAGAGGAACACAGGUUGGACAUAUUGCUCUUAUGGGAAUUGAUGAAAUUCACAGCAACAGCCUAAAUAAAUGGAUGAUCACUGGUGAUGCUAAAAUGGAAAAACAGAAAGAAAUGGGGUUUACCUGUAAAGAGAGGACUGUGUCAAACUUUUACCAGAAUGCACAGGCCAGCAUAAAGAAACCUGAUGGAGCAAUCCUGUAUAUGGGAAAUCAAGACAAACAAAGAGAACGGCCACACAGGAGGCCACUGCACCUGCUGCCUUCUCGUACUGGACUGGGACUGCCUGAAAUGGAGCCCCCCAGCCGCACUCACAAGCCCUGCCUUGCAGUGGAGGAGGCACUGAAGGAAAGUGACAGAGAACACUACAGGAAGCUGGUAGAGAUGGUCUCGGAAAAAUACUCAAAGAAUAAACCACUACCAUUUGGACGGGUGAAACCGCCAAACACAUCUUUUUCCUUGGAUGGUCAUAAGUCCUGUAACCAUACUGCUGAGAUCAGUAAACCUGCUCCAAUCAGAGUCAAUCCCAGUGUGUCAGUAUGGAGGGGUUCAACUUCAGUAAAUUGCACAAAGGAUAGGUUGGUUGAUGCUGCUUGCAGUGCGCCAGUCAGUGGUGUCAGAGACAAGAAACCAGAUGAUCUAUCUUCCAAGAAAACAGUGCCAGUAGAUGUGGAUCUGUCUGUAGAGGUAGAGACCCGGCUGAAUCUGAAGGAGAGAGAGACAGUUGCAGUUGCAGUGUCCCAGACAGCUGCGCAAACACAACAUGAACCCAUCCUUGACACAGGGAGGCGCUGUGAGGAGGAGUUCCCCAGACUAACUAAGGAGAUGCAGCACGAGGUGAGCGCUGCUCUUGCGCAGAGGGAUCCGAACCUGGUCUUGAGUAGCGCUUUCAAACUGCGUAUCACACAGCGAGAUCUGGCAACACUACAGGAGGGCAGCUGGCUCAAUGAUGAGGUGAUAAAUUUCUACCUAAACCUGGUGAUGGCACGCAGUGAGCAGGAUGCAGUUGGUAUAAAGGUGUACUGCUUCAGCACGUUCUUCUUCCCCAAGCUUCAUGGGGGCGGCCAUGCUGCUGUCCGCCGGUGGACCAAAGCUGUUGACCUCUUUCUGCAUGACAUUAUCCUCAUACCUCUCCACCUAGGCGUCCACUGGUCUCUUGUAGCUGUUGACUUCAGAACUAAAUCUGUGAGGUCAUAUGACUCCAUGGGCCAACGGCAUGAUGACAUCUGCAACCUGAUCCUGAUGUAUCUGAAAGAGGAGUACAAGGUCAAGAAAGGCAAAGACCUGGAAGUCUUAAAGUGGACAGUGACCAGCAUGCGUGCCACUGAGGUUCCUCAGCAGAAGAAUGGGAGCGACUGUGGUGUGUUCGUAUGCAAGUAUGCUGACUACAUCGCCCGUGGACAUCCCUUUACCUUCAGACAGUGUCACAUGCCGUAUUUCCGCAAGGCGAUGAUCUGGGAGAUUCUGAAGCAGAAACUGCUGCAGUAGGAGUGUGACAAACAGGCUGAACUUGACCAAAGCCCAGGACCACAAGACGUUCAUCCUCCACGUUUAUCUACAGAGAUUUAGAACAGAUGUUUGCUUCCGUUCUAGUAUGUGUCUCUUGUCGUACUCUUUCCAAUCAGCCUGAUGACACACAGUGAUGUUUGGUGUUGUCUUCUUUUUUGUCACUGGCAUCUGUUGGCAGAGAGUGCUGAUAGAUUAGAUCAGACAGUACGGCACUGGACUGGAACAUGUAGAGGCAAAAUCAGUGGAGUUUUUAGGCAGCUUUGAUGAUAAAGCACCUCGUCAUUCCUAGACUUGUCCCCCCUCAGGAUUAGCCUGUGUAGUUGCAGGGCCAUUUCCGAUUGGCUCUCUUGAUUCUAGGAGAGCUAAUGUUAGAGGAUUUGAAUGCAGUGUUGAGUGCAAGAUGAUCUUUUUAGCAUUUGUAUGGGGAGACAGAAUUCGCACAGUUCUUUUUCCAGUAUGACUGGCCGUGUAGACUGAACGUAAUGGAUGUACAGUAUCUUUACACACUGGCUGCCAUGUCUGAGUGAGAAAAAAGUGAACUAUUUAUUGCUACAGGAGUGAGUGAGUCUUAAUUCAGCUGGAUGUGAAACAUACUUUGGACUGUUAAUCGCAGACAGCAAUCGUAAGCAAUGGCAGAAGUGAAUGUAUAUGAGAACUAUGGUACUUGAGCUGCGUAUUGCAGUGAAAGCAACAGUAUUUAUUCAGCGGACUGGUUUUGUCCUCACGUGUAAAUACAUAGACCCAGCCCCAAGUGCCUUCAUACAACCUUUUGUUCUUCUUUUUACUCUUCAGUACUAAUUAGAACAGUUUGAAACACUGCUUAAAUUGAACUGGAGACGUUGUGUGCAUGUUUGCCUGAACUGAGGUAUUAACUGAGGUACACAGGUCUGUAUUACAUUAUAGGUUUGUAUGAUAAGUGUGAUGAUAAAGGAGAGGGAUUCUUACAUCUUUCAUCUGAAGUCCUCUUUGAUUACAACAUGCUGUAUGCAUACUACAAGAUACAAGUGUUUUUUUUUGUUUGUUUGUUUUUUUUUAACUGGACUGAAAGCUACAAACAGUAACUCGCGCCAAAUGGUCAUUUUACUGCCUUUCGUAUGUGCUCUUUUGGUAGCACACGGGCAAGAAAAGACCUUUUUAAAAGGAGCAGAAAGUAGCAUUUUCAUCUUUUGCCUGUCAUUUGCAUUAGUGCAGCAUAUUUUUGGCUUGUCAUUCAUUCUGUGGCUGGUUGCUGAAAUAUUUAGCAGCCUACAUGUAGGAUUAAGGUCAGAAAUUCACUCAACCACCCUUAAACCUUCAGUUAUCACCAGAAUUUAACAUUCCAUACCUGUUACUUUUGUGUAAUGUGCAUAGUUCCUAAUGUUUCAUCAGCUUUUAAUGAAAAAUUCUCUUUCUUGCUCCUUCCAUUGGAAUUGUAAACUGAAGUCAGUGAAAGCUCAUUAUUUAUACAAGUUACUCUUCUAGAUUUGGAUGAGCUUGAGUAUUGCAUUAUUAUCUAAACCUGUUCAUAUUUUGUGAUUAUUUGUGAGAGUGAGGAGAUUGAGAGUAUGAGCAUAAGUUGAAGUGUGUGUUACUACAGACAACUAAAGAGAUUUUGAUGCCUACUGUAUAUGCGCUGACAUUUGUCUUUCAUGCAGAUUGUUGGUUAUUUUUUUAAGUAAUAAAGAACAGAGGAAAAUA